CGGGGGAACGCAGAGCAGCAUCAACGAUGGCUUAUUAUCCACCAACAUUUUGUUCAUUUAGGUUUUACAUUGUAAAACAAUAAGAGCUACCUUGCACGUAGAGAAGGCCGAGAGCCGGUGGUAGUUGUCGCGAGCAGUGUUAGCACUCUCGUUGCACUACGCACCGUUUGCUCUCUCCAGUGUGCUAGCUAGCUAGCUAGCUCACAUAGUAAAUAUUAGUUAGCCUAGCUAGCUUGCUUACUGUUGAUUGCUAAAAUGGCCACCAUGGAGAAAUUGAUGAAGGCCUUUGAGUCUUUGAAGUCAUUCCAGCAGCAGCAGGGACCACCAACCGCAGAGGAGCUUGUCCAGAGGCAGAAAAAAGAACAGGCUACUACGAAGAAGGACAGGGUCACCCACUGUCUGACAAUAUGUGAAAACAUCGUGGCUCAGUCUCUGAGAACGUCUCCAGAGUUUCAGAAACUGCUGGGCAUCGCUAUGGAGAUGUUCCUGCUCUGCAGUGAUGACAGCGAAUCAGAUGUCCGGAUGGUAGCCGACGAGUGCUUGAACAAAAUCAUUAAAGCGCUGAUGGACUCCAACCUGCCUAGACUGCAGCUGGAACUGUACAAAGAAAUUAAAAAGAAUGGUGCCUCUCGGAGUCUGAGGGCGGCUCUGUGGAGGUUUGCCGAGCUCGCUCACCUCAUCAGACCACAGAAAUGCAGACCCUACCUGGUGAACCUGUUGCCAUGCCUCUCUCGAAUUACCAAGCGGCAGGAGGAGACGGUGCAGGAGACUCUGGCUGCUGCAAUGCCUAAGAUCAUGUCUGCCUUGGGGCACUUCGCCAAUGACGGCGAGAUCAAGGUGUUGCUGAAGUCAUUUGUGGCCAACCUGAAGUCCAGCUCCCCCACCAUCAGGCGCACAGCAGCCAGCUCCGCUGUCUCCGUGUGCCAACACUCCAGACGCACCAGCUACUUCUACACUUGGCUCCUUAAUGUUCUGCUGGGUCUGCUGGUUCCUGUGGAUGAGGAGCACCCCACCCACCUAAUUCUGGGGGUGCUGUUGACCCUUCGCUACCUGAUGCCUCUGCUGCAGCAGCAGGUUAACACAUCCAGCCUCAAAGGAAGCUUCGGAGUCAUGAGGAAGGAGGCUGACGUCCAGCCCUCACCUGAGCAGCUCCUUCAGGUGUACGAGCUGACUUUACACUACACGCAGCACUGGGAUCACAAUGUGGUCACAGCAUCUCUGGAGCUCCUGCAGCAGAUGUUCAGGACCCCCCCGCCAGAGCUCCUGCACAUGCUCAUCACGGCGGGCAGCAUCCUGCAUGGCACCGUGUUCCGGCAGGACGCCGAGAGCCGCGCUCGCUCCGGCAGCAUCCUCGAGCUCAUUGGUAAAAUGCUCUCUGGAGAGGAGGAAGGUUUGGAGGAUGACGCUGAAAGAACAGAGGUCACAUUCACAGCGUCAGUCGUCGGUGCAGACGGCUCCUCUGCGGCCCAGGUGGACAUCAUCACCGAGCAGCCGCGCUCCUCCCAGCAUACCCUGCAGCCCGGCGAGUCUGUGGACCUCAGUGCCUCCUCGGAGCAGGGCGGAGGCGGGACUUCGGCUUCAGACACUCCAGAGUCACCCAACGACAACGAGGAGGAAAUGCUGAGUCGCAGCUCCAGCGGUGGGGCCAACGUUACUCCGGAAACGGCCGACUACACCACACCAGAGACCGAGGCAGCGCCCUUAGGAGAAGGCGGGCCUUUGCUCAGCACCAACGACCGCUCACUUCCACCCAGCGACUCCUCGCAGACCACCACGGAGGGGCCCGACUCAGCCGUCACCCCUUCGGACGUAGCAGAACUGGUGCUGGACGGCAGUGAGAGCCAGUACUCCGGGAUGCAAAUCGGGACAUUGCAGGAUGAAGAGGAGGAAGGAGCAGCCCCUUCGUCCCAGGAAGAGCCCCACGAGCCCUUCAUACAGUCAGCACUGGCUCUGAGCAAACCUCAUCUCUUCGAUGGCCGAGGCCACAACCGGCAGGGUUCGGACAGCAGCGUGGACCGCUUCAUACCGAAGGACGAGCCUGCCGAACCCGAACCUGUCAACAAGCCAUCACGGAUAAAGGGGCCAAUCGGACAUUAUACAGACCAGGGGGCGGAGCCACUGGUGCACUGUGUUCGGCUUCUUGCUGCUUCCUUCCUACUGACAGGACAGAAAAAUGGUCUGACCCCCGAUAAGGAGGUGCGAGUGAGCGUGAAGGCUCUGGCGGUCAGCUGCAUCGGGGCGGCGGCAGCGCUCCACCCUGAAGCCUUCUUUAAUUCCCUCUACCUGGAGCCGCUGGACGGCACUCCAGUAGCAGAACAACAGUAUAUCAGUGACAUGCUGGGCCUGGCUGACCACGGGGACCCCCAGAUCAGAGGGGCCAUAGCCAUCCUCUGCGCAGCCAUCAUACAAGCCGCACUCACCAAAACACGCUACAACAUACACAGCUGGCUGGCCAGUGUGCAGAGUGCAACAGGUAACCCUCUGUCCCUGGUGGAUUUGUUGCCUUUGCUCCAGAGAACUCUGAAAGAUGAAUCCUCCGUCACCUGCAAGAUGGCCUGCUCUGCAGUGAGGCACUGCCUCAUGACGGUGUGCAGCAGUACCCUGAGUGAGCUGGGCCUUCAGUUGAUGAUAGACCUUCUCGCUCUGAGGGACUCUUCCUAUUGGCUCGUUCGCACUGAGCUUUUGGAGACUCUGGCAGAGAUGGACUUUCGGUUAGUGAAUUUCCUGGAGAGGAGAACAGAACAUUUGCACAAAGGGGAUCAUCACUACACUGGGCGGCUGCGGCUGCAGGACCGAGUCCUGAACGAUGUGGUCAUCCGACUGUUGGGGGAUGACGACCCCAGAGUCCGACACGUGGCAGCAUCAGCUGUCAGCAGACUGGUUUCCAGGUUGUUCUACGACUGCGACCAGGGUCAAGUGGACCCAGUAGUGGCGAUUGCUCGCGACCAGAGUUCAGUCUACCUGCAGCUGCUGAUGCACGAGGCCCAGCCCCCCUCCCAGUUCACAGUUAGUACCAUCACAAGGACGUACAGAGGCUACAACUUGUCCAACAACGUGUCUGAUGUCACAAUCGAGAACAAUUUGUCCAGAGUCGUCACCGCCGUCUCCCACGCUUUCACCUCCUCUACCUCCAAAGCCAUGACUUUUGGCUGCUGUGAGGCCUUAUGCCUCCUGGCUACACAUUUCCCAGUGUGCACUUGGUGUACAGGCUGGCACUGCGGCUAUGUGAGCUCCAGCAGCAGCUUCUCUUCCCGCUCUAGUCUGAACCGCAGCAGGGGCCGGGCCCUCAGUGUAUCACAGACCGGCAGUGCUCCGGCCUCUUCAGCCCCCUCCUCGUCUGACACUGAGCGCAGGACUCUGACAGUAGGCAUGGCCAACAUGGUGCUCUCCUUACUCUCCUCUGCCUGGUUUCCACUGGAUCUGGCCUCACACCAAGAUGCACUUCUGCUGUCUGGCAAUCUGCUUGCUGCUGUGGCUCCUAAAUGCAUGCGUAACCCCUGGGCUGGAGAGGAGGAAGGCAGCGGUGGUAGCACCAACACCAGUGGAGGCCCCAAUAAGAUGGAGGAGCCCUGGGCAGGGCUGUCGGAGCGCUCCCUGGUGGCCAUGGUGGAGCAGCUCUUCUCUCACAUACUGAAGAUCCUCAACAUCUGCGCCCACGUGCUGGACGACACACCGCCCGGACCUGCUGUUAAAGCCACCCUCCCCUCCCUGAGCAACACCCCCUCCCUCAGUCCCAUCAGGAGGAAAGGCAAGGAGAAGGAUGCCGUGGAGCCCAGUGCUGUCCCCAUGAGCCCAAAGAAGAGCGUUGACAUCAACACAGGCAGGCCAGCAGACGGCACUGGGUCCACCGCUGUGAACAAAUCUACCACCCUCGGCAACUUCUACCACCUGCCUACCUACCUCAAGCUCUACGACGUCCUCAAAGCCACGCACGCCAACUACAAGGUGACGCUGGACCUCCACACUAGCCAGGAGAAGUUCGGAGGAUUUCUGCGUUCAGCUCUAGAUGUUCUCUCUCAGCUCCUGGAGCUCACCACACUGCAUGACAUCAGCAAGUGUGUGGAGGAAAUCUUGAGCUACCUGAAGUCCUGCUUCUCCAGAGAACCCACCAUGGCAACAGUUUGUGUACAACAGCUGUUGAAGACCCUGUUUGGCACCAACCUGGCCUCUCAGUGCGAGAGCGUCCUGAGCGGACCCAGCCGCUCCCAGGGCAAGGCUCUGCGCCUCGGCUCCUCCAGCCUGCGCCCAGGCCUCUACCACUACUGCUUCAUGGCGCCGUACACGCACUUCACCCAGGCUUUAGCUGAUGCCAGCCUACGCAACAUGGUGCAGGCUGAACAGGAGCAGGACACCUCUGGGUGGUUUGAUGUGAUGCAAAAAGCUUCGAACCAGCUGCGGUCCAACAUUGCAAACGCGACACGCCAAAGAGGAGACAAGAACGCCAUCCACAACCACAUCCGUCUGUUUGAGCCGCUGGUGAUCAAAGCUCUGAAGCAGUACACCACCAGCACCUCGGUGGCGCUGCAGAGACAGGUCCUGGACCUGCUCGCACAACUGGUGCAGCUCAGAGUUAACUACUGCCUGCUGGACUCUGAUCAGGUGUUCAUAGGGUUUGUCCUGAAGCAGUUUGAGUACAUUGAAGUGGGACAGUUCAGAGAUUCUGAAGCCAUCAUCCCCAACAUCUUUUUCUUCCUGGUGCUGCUUUCAUACGAGCGUUACCACUCCAAGCAGAUAAUCAGCAUCCCCAAGAUCAUCCAGCUGUGUGACGGCAUCAUGGCCAGCGGCAGGAAAGCUGUCACACAUGCCAUCCCAGCCCUGCAGCCAAUAGUCCACGACCUGUUUGUGUUGAGGGGCUCCAACAAAGCAGACGCAGGCAAAGAGUUGGAGACACAGAAAGAGGUGGUGGUGUCCAUGCUGCUCAGACUGGUGCAGCACCAUCAGGUGUUGGAGAUGUUCAUCCUCGUGCUGCAGCAGUGUCACAAAGAGAAUGAGGACAAAUGGAAGAGAUUGUCGAGGCAGAUCGCUGACGUCAUCCUUCCCAUGAUUGCUAAGCAGCAGAUGCACCUGGACUCCCCGGAGGCAUUGGGGGUGUUGAACACUCUCUUUGAGACGGUGGCGCCCUCCUCUCUCCGACCUGUGGACAUGCUGCUCAAGAGUAUGUUCACCACCCCGGUUACCAUGGCUUCCGUAGGUACGGUGCAGCUGUGGGUGUCCGGGAUCCUGGCGGUGCUCCGGGUGCUCGUCUCCCAGUCUACUGAGGACAUCGUCCUGUCCCGGGUCCACGAGCUCUCCCUCACACCUCAUCUCCUCUCCUGCCACACGAUCCGUCGCCUGCAUCAGCAGAGCCCCUCCCCGAGCGAGCCCCCUGCCGACGCACUCUGCAGUCAGGACGGUGAGGCACAGAAAGCCCUGCCUGAGGAAACCUUCGCCAGGUUCCUGCUGCAGCUGGUAGGGGUGUUGCUGGAUGACAUUUCCUCCAGACAGGUUAAGGUGGACAUCACAGAGCAGCAGCACACCUUCUACUGCCAGCAGCUGGGCACCCUGCUCAUGUGUCUCAUACACGUCUUCAAAAGUGGAAUGUUCCGCAGAAUCACCGCUGCAGCCAGCCGCCUCCUGAAGGGUGAGGGUGGAGGUGUGCAGCCUGGCGCAGAGGCUGGCCUUUUUUACCCACUAGAGUCUCUGAACAGCAUGGUGCAGUGCAUGAUCACCACCCACCCCUCCCUGGUGCUGCUGUGGUGCCAGGUCCUCCUCAUCAUCGACUACACCAACUACUCAUGGUGGGCGGAGGUGCACCAGACACCCAGGAGACAAAGCCUCUCGUGCACAAAGCUGCUGAGUCCUCACUCUUCAGGGGAAGGAGAAGACAAGCCUGAGACCCGGUUAGCUAUGGUCAACCGGGAGAUCGUUCAAAGGGGAGCGCUCAUCCUCUUCUGUGACUACGUGUGUCAGAACCUCCAUGACUCGGAGCAUCUGACCUGGUUGAUCGUCAACCACGUGCAAGACCUCAUCAACCUUUCCCAUGAGCCUCCAGUUCAGGACUUCAUCAGCGCCGUGCACCGCAACUCAGCUGCCAGCGGCCUCUUCAUCCAGGCCAUCCAGUCCCGCUGUGACAACCUCUGUGCUCCUACCAUGUUGAAGAAGACUUUGCAGUGUCUGGAAGGCAUCCACCUGAGUCAGUCCGGCUCCCUGCUGAUGCUGUACGUGGACAAGCUGCUCAGUACGCCCUUCAGGGUUCUGGCCCGCAUGGUGGACACACUGGCGUGUCGCAGGGUGGAGAUGCUGCUGGCUGAGACACUACAGAACAGUAAAGCUCAGGUGCCUGUGGAGGAGCUCAACAGGAUCCAGGAAUACCUACAGACCAGCGGCCUGGCUCAGAGGCAUCAGAGGUUCUACUCCCUGCUGGACAGGUUCAGAGCCACUGUUGCCGACACCAGCAGCCCCACACCUCCUGUGACGUCUCACCCUCUGGACGGAGACCCGCCUCCUGCCCCAGAGCUGGUUAAUGCAGAUAAGGAGUGGUACGUGGCUCUAGUGAAGUCCCAGUGUUGUCUCCGUGGAGAUGUUUCCCUGUUGGAGACGACAGAACUCCUCACCAAGCUACCUCCCGCUGACCUCUUAAACAGCAUGAGCUGCAAGGAGUUCAACCUUAGCCUGCUGUGUCCAUGCCUGAGUAUGGGGAUGCAGCGGUUGGCCCGGGGUCAGGGGUCGCUCUUGUUAGAGACAGCCUUGCAGGUGACCUUAGAGCGGCUUGCAGGGGUAACUGAGUCACUUCCUGUACCGCACCAGUCCUUCCUGCCGCCAGCACAGCCACAGCCCUACUGGAAACAACUAGCUGAUGUGUAUGAUGAGCCAGGUUUCUACCCCAGGGUUCUGUCGCUGUGCAGAGCGCUGUCCCAGUACCUGCUGAGUGUGAGCCAGCUGCCGUCCUCACUACACAUCCCCGCAGACAAGGAACACCUCAUCACCUCUUUCACCUGCACCGCUGCCGAGGUGGUGGCGUGGCGUCUCCUCCAGAACCAGCUGCCCCUCAGUGUGGACCUGCAGUGGGCUCUGUCCUGCCUGUGCCUGGCCCUGCAGCAGCCCUGCGUCUGGAACAAACUCUCCACCGCGGAGUACGCCACGCACACCUGCUCCCUCAUCUACUGCCUCCGCCUCAUCAUCGUUGCAGUUGCUGUGAGUCCUGGUGACCAGCUUCUGCAUCCGGAGAAGAAGAAGACGAGGGCGGAAAAAGACGCCGAAGGAGACGAGGUAGACUCGGCACAAGUUGACCACAUUUGUGAGUGGCAGGCAUGCGAAAUCAUGGCGGAGCUGGUGGAAGGCCUGCAGAGCAUCCUGGCCCUGGGUCACCAUAGAAACAGUGCAUUCCCCGCUUUCCUCACACCAACCUUGCGCAACAUUGUCAUCAGUCUGUCCCGGCUGCCUCUGGUCAACAGCUACACCAGAGUACCUCCACUGGUUUGGAAACUGGGCUGGUCCCCUCAGCCAGGAGGAGAGUACGGUACCACGCUGCCUGAGAUCCCUGUGGACUUCCUGCAGGAAAAGGAUGUCUUCAGAGAGUUCCUCUACCGCAUCAACACACUGGGCUGGAGCAGCAGAACUCAGUUUGAAGAGACCUGGGCCACACUACUGGGGGUGCUGGUCACCCAACCCAUCACUAUGGACCAGGAGGAGGAGACUCAGCAGGAGGAGGACUUGGAGCGUACCCAGUUGAAUGUGUUAGCAGUGCAGGCCAUCACCAGCCUGGUGCUGAGUGCCAUGACCCUGCCCACUGCUGGCAACCCUGCAGUCAGCUGUCUGGAACAGCAACCCCGCAACAAGAGCCUCAAAGCCCUGGAAACACGGUUUGGAAGGAAACUGGCAGUGAUCCGAGGCGAGGUGGAGAGAGAGAUUCAGGCCCUUGUGUCGAAGAGAGACAACGUCCACACACACCACCCGUACCACGCCUGGGACCCUGUGCCCUCGCUGUCGGCAGCCUCUGCCGCAGGCACACUGAUCAGCCAUGAGAAGCUGCUGCUUCAGAUCAACACAGAGAGGGAGAUGGGAAAUAUGGACUACAAACUAGGACAGGUCUCUAUCCACUCAGUGUGGCUAGGUAACAACAUCACCCCACUGAGAGAGGAAGAAUGGGGGGAGGAUGAAGAAGAUGAAGCAGACACUCCAGCCCCCACCUCCCCGCCCACAUCUCCUAUCAACUCCAGGAAGCACCGUGCAGGGGUGGACAUUCAUUCAUGUUCCCAGUUCCUCCUGGAGCUCUACAGUCAGUGGCUGAUCCCUGGCUCCCCGAGUAACAGGAGGACCCCAACCAUCCUCGUCAGUGAGGUGGUCCGAUCGCUGCUGGCGGUGUCGGACCUGUUCACAGAGAGGAACCAGUUCGACAUGAUGUUCUCCACCCUGAUGGAGCUGCAGAAGCUCCACCCCCCAGAGGAUGAGAUCCUCAACCAAUACCUGGUGCCUGCCAUCUGCAAGGCUGCUGCCGUACUGGGAAUGGACAAAGCAAUAGCGGAGCCCGUGUGCCGCCUGUUGGAGACGACCCUGCGCAGCACCCACCUGCCCAGCCGCAUGGGGGCUCUGCAUGGAGUGCUGUACGUGUUGGAGUGUGACCUGCUGGACGACACGGCCAAACAGCUCAUCCCCACCAUCUCCGAGUACCUGCUGUCCAACCUGCGGGCCAUCGCUCACUGUGUGAACCUGCACAACCAGCAGCAUGUGUUGGUGAUGUGCGCCGUGGCCUUCUACAUGAUGGAGAACUACCCUCUGGAUGUGGGGGCGGAGUUUAUGGCUGGCAUUAUACAGGUGUGUGGUGUGAUGGUGUCUGCCAGCGAGGACUCCACCCCCUCCGUCAUCUACCACUGUGUGCUGCGGGGUCUGGAGCGCCUGCUGCUGUCGGAGCAGCUGUCCCGCGUGGACGGAGAAGCGCUGGUCAAACUCAGCGUGGACCGAGUCAACAUGCCUUCCCCACACAGAGCCAUGGCCGCCCUGGGCCUCAUGCUCACCUGCAUGUACACCGCGGUGCUUGCGUCGGGUUCAGACGUGACAGGGGUUAGAGGUCAGGUUGACUGUUCCUCAGCAGAGGCGAUGGGCGUCACGGCGGGUCAUGUUGGUUUCUCCUCAGGCAAGGAGAAAGCCAGCCCUGCCAGUCGCCCCGCCCACUCUGACCCUCAAGCCCCGGACAGCGAGUCAAUCAUUGUUGCCAUGGAGAGGGUCUCUGUGCUGUUUGACAGGAUUCGGAAAGGUUUACCCAGCGAGGCUCGGGUCGUGGCCAGGAUCCUUCCCCAGUUUCUGGACGAUUUCUUCCCCCCACAGGACGUCAUGAACAAGGUUAUCGGCGAGUUCCUGUCCAAUCAGCAACCUUACCCACAAUUCAUGGCCACUGUCGUCUACAAGGUGUUCCAAACCCUCCACGCCACAGGACAGUCCUCUAUGGUGCGAGACUGGGUGCUGCUGUCCCUGUCUAACUUCACCCAGAGGACUCCGGUGGCCAUGGCCAUGUGGAGCCUCUCCUGUUUCUUUGUCUCGGCCUCCACCUCCCAGUGGAUCUCUGCCCUACUGCCACAUGUGAUCAGCCGUAUGGGCUCCAGCGAGGUGGUGGACGUCAACCUGUUCUGCCUGGUGGCCAUGGACUUCUACCGGCACCAGAUCGACGAGGAGCUCGACCGCAGGGCUUUCCAGUCCGUCUUCGAGACCGUGGCGUCGCCAGGGAGCCCCUACCACCAGCUGCUGGGCUGCCUGCAGUCCAUCCACCAGGACACGUCCCUCUGAGGAGAGGAGAGGACACAGAGGCAGAAGGAGAGAGGCCGGGGGCAGCGGAGCACGGAGAGGAAAGUGGAUUAGAGUGGGAAAUGUGGUAGGGCGAGAAAUUAGAUCUCCAUGCACUGCUCCUUAGUUUGAGCUGGAGGGGAAUGUUUCAUUAGAAAAACCUGCUGUAGCCUCACCCAUUCCCCUCCUGAAAUGAGAACUACUGAUGAGGAAUUCAUUAGAGCAAGCAAAAGGAAAAAAAAAAAGAAGCUGAAUCAAAGGACAAAAUGUCUGAAGAGUUCCCCUACAAGAAGGACACGAAACCUUCAAACUGUGGUUCCGACUACACCCCUACAGACCAUUCCUCUGAACGACGGCACCUUGAACACCUCCUCCCACCCAGCACCUUGAUUAAAAAAAAAUAACAUUAAUCAAACAGAGAUUGGAUUUGUUUAUUUUCCUGUGAGAACUUGCUUGAGUAUUGUGAUGUCAGUAAAGUCAAAUAGAGGAAAGUAUUUACUAUAUUUAAAGUUCCAAUGCAUCUAUUUUUCAGAGUGCUAAAGGUCGGGUUAGGACAAUGGGCUGACACAAAUGCCUGCAUAAUGUUGUCAAUAAUUAUAAUCUCUGAAGACUGUUUUUAUAUUUAUGUUUCUUGGGGUCAUUCUCUGACACAGGAGUUGAAUAGUAAAUAUUUUAUGUGUAAGAAUGAUCACUAAUAGCCAUAUCAUUUAUUUUUUUUCUCCAAUGAUGAGAAGAUAGAUGUUAUGAUUUGUCAAAGGACAUUUCUGUAUCUGUGCAGGCAUUCUGGAUGUUCUACAGGUGGAAAGCCUCCCCCUGUUUUUGAGUUUUAAAAUUCUCCAUAUUUUUAACUGACUAAGGGCCCAUUUAAAACACUAAAGAGGGUGCGAAAUACCAAGCAAAAAAAUACCAAAAUUGCAGUGAUGUCGUCUUUUUUCAACCAGUAGCAUGCGGGGAAAGUAUUUCCUCCUCUGAUUUUUAUCAUAUUGCUAAAAUCUGUAUUUUUUUUUCCUGCUUUACUUUUCAAGUCUUGUGUUCUCCCCCAUGCACCGGAAUGAUUCCACCUCUCCAUUUCCUGUACUCUUUUAAUUCUCAGGAUGUAAGAUGUGACUUUUAAUGUUGUACUAAGACUGGAAGUGAUUUGCAGUCGUCUUUAAAUGGAUUUACAUUUGUAUCUUGUAAAAAAAAAUCUAUAUUGUAAAGUAGUAUGAAAGCCAUGGUGCAUGAUGAAGUAAGAUCUGUGUUGAGAUGAGAGAUGUUUAAAAUAGACGGUAAGAUAAUGUGAUUCUUUUUCUGUCUGUCUUAACACGCAUACACGAUGAGCAGAAAGUAUUUUAUUGAAGACUUAACCUCGAGUUGCCUGGGGAGCGUUACUCUGUACAUACACUUGCCUUAGAUAAAGACUGAAUAUAUGUCUGUCCUGUACACUGAAAGCUUGAAAGCAUGCUUAGCGUUAAUGCUAAUUUUCUUGCAUAGUCCUUAAUACUGUAUUUCCGCAGAGGGUAUGGUUGCCAUGAGUGGAAGAGAUGUUACGCAAUCCAAAGGGAGCCUUGUAACCUUAGCGAUCAACCGCAGCUUUGACAAAUCAACAGACGAGAAAGUGUAGCCUAGCGAUGCCACGGUGACAGCAGGAGCUUUUCUGUGUUUUUGUUGAAUUUUAAAUAUUUCCUCACUCGUUGUGCAGAAUAUUAAAUACACAGAGCACUAAAAAAAACCUAGCCUAACUCGUGUUUGUUAGGGGCUUUCUUGAUAUGCAACAAUACAUAAAAGAAUGAUUUGUAUGCUAAAUGUUGCCACUUUCCAACUUUUCCAACAAUGUGACUGACUUCUUUUUUGAUCAUUUUAAAGAGGCCCUAUUGCACUUUCAGGGCUUACCCUUUCCUCUAGUGUCAUAGGUUUUCGUGCCUGUGAAUGGUCUGCAAAGUCUUAAAUCCCAAAGCUCCCUCCAAAGGGAGUUUCUCUCCAACCCCCCCACCUGCCUGAAAUGCCCUGACUCGACUCCUUUGGUUGACUUCGGUAACAUAUGACAUCACUAUAUAAUACCUGGAUUUCUAUUGGAUAGUGCUCCAACAAAUUGUACGUGAUAAUCCAAGGGGUGGGACAGCUCUGAGCGUUUGACCAAUCCGAGCAGACUGUGCUCUGGUUUCAGACAGGGAGUGAAAAGGAGCUGCAGUAUGGGAAAAAUACAGGACCUUUUAGAACAUUAAAGCAUGGAAACAUGUCACAAAAACUAAAACAGAAAAUGAGCAUAGUAGGGCCUCUUUAAUAUAAUAUAUCCACAUAAUAAAUGACAUUGCAGCUGUUAGAAUUCCAUUUUGAGGCCUCCCUGAAGUAGAUUAAACAACUGUAGUGAAUCCUGUUCAGUUUAAGUCUGUUUGUAUGGGGGAAGAAAACAGACGAUCGUAAACUGGUUUUCCUGCACUACUUAAAGGAUAUUUAAAGGAAAUUAUCCCAAGCAGAAUGUUCUUUUCAUCUUGUCUUUUAGAAUCUUCUCAACAGCAAAAGACUGACUGGGGACAACUGCAGGGGGUAAUGCGAUUACCCGGAAAUCUUUUGUGGUUUUGGGGAGGUGGGCGUAGAGGUUGUGGAAAAAGGUCAUGUUCAACUGAUUUAACAUGCUUUCAGUUUAAAGACUUUAUUUUCCUUCCAUUUGAAGAAUCAGCCACUUGGAAAAGAAUAGUUUUAAGAAAGAAUAGGUCUAAAUAAAAAGCUGAGAAUCACCGUGACAUGUUCUCGGCCAAGUUCAUUGCCUUCUCCAUAAUGUCAUCAACUCUUUGUGUUUAGCAUGUUGGUGCUUAGCUUUGAAAAAUACCUCCUUUGUUCCCCUGUUUUAGAAUAUACAGUUUGGCUACGGACUAGCCACAACUGUGAUUUAUACAAUUAUUCUAAAAGGUGGUUAAAGGACUGCAGAUUAUGUAAUUCCCUGAACAGUUUCCUGUCUUGAGCUUCAAGCCUCCUUUUACAUCUUUUAUUUUUAUUUUUUACAAAAGCCUGUGAAAAAAAAAAGAUUGUGUAUUUAGGUUCAUUUCAAUAUUUUAAAGAGAUUGAUCACUGCAUUUGGUCUGUUGUAGAAAUGAAUAAAUUAUUUAAAGAUG